ACGUGGGCGGGGCAUGGUUCCCGACAUCUACUGGGUUGCGUCCAACGAGUAAAGGCCGUAGUGACGCGGGUCACGGCUGGAGAGCUGGGGUGUUCGGCGGGUCGUUUGCCCGCUGCCCGGGGACGCGACGGCCUGUGCAGUGGAGCCGAGGGCGCCGUGCAGGCGGCAGCUCCUGAGGGCGGCCUCAGGGUCACUUGCACUCCGGGUUGCCUCCCCUGCUGCCUUUCUGUGCCCGCUCCUCAGCCUUCGCUGGACGCCUAGACCCCACUGACUGCGGGACUCUUGGUGUUGUGAACCACACUGCAGGCCAGCCAGCAGCUGCUGCACAGUCCUCAGCAGAUUGAGAAAUGAGAAAGAUACCUAACCAUGGGACUCUGCGGAUGACGAAGGUGGCAUACCCCCUCGGACUGUGUGUGGGCCUGUUUAUCUAUGUCGCUUAUAUCAAGUGGCACCGGGCCUCUGCUGCCCAGGCCUUCUUCACCAUCACAGGGGCUGCCUCAGGGGCACAGUGGAGCCAGCAGGCGCUCAGUUCCCCGGGCUCAGCUAUACACGGUCACGAGGUCUUCUACGGGAUCAUGUUUGAUGCUGGGAGCACCGGCACCCGAAUCCACGUCUUCCAGUUUGCCCGGCCGCCUGGAGAAACUCCCACCUUGACUCAUGAAACCUUCAAAGCACUGAAGCCGGGUCUGUCUGCCUAUGCUGAUGAUGUUGAAAAGAGUGCACAGGGGAUCCAGGAGCUUCUGGAUGUUGCUAAGCAACACAUUCCAUUUGACUUCUGGAAGGCUACCCCACUGGUCCUCAAGGCCACAGCUGGUUUGCGCCUGCUGCCAGGAGAAAAGGCUCAGAAGUUACUGCAAAAGGUGAAGGAGGUGUUUAAGGCAUCGCCUUUCCUAGUAGGUGACGACUGUGUUUCCAUCAUGAACGGCACAGAUGAAGGUGUUUCUGCAUGGAUCACGGUCAACUUCCUGACAGGCAGUUUGAAAACCCCAGGAAAGAGCAGUGUGGGCAUGCUGGAUUUGGGCGGAGGAUCCACUCAGAUCACCUUCCUUCCUCGGGUCGAGGGUACCUUACAUGCCUCGCCACCUGGCCAUCUGACAGCGCUGCAGAUGUUUAACAGGACCUACAAACUAUAUUCCUACAGCUACCUGGGGCUGGGACUGAUGUCAGCACGACUGGCGAUCUUGGGUGGCGUGGAGGGUAAACCUGCUGAGGGUGGCAAGGAAUUGAUCAGCCCCUGUCUGUCUCCUGGGUUCAGAGGAGAAUGGGAGCAUGCUGAGGUCACCUACAGAAUUUUAGGACAGAAAGCAGUGGGCCUCCAUGAGCUGUGUGCCAGCAGAGUGUCAGAAAUUCUCCGAAAUAAAGUGCACAGGACAGAAGAGGUGCAGCACGUGGACUUCUAUGCUUUUUCCUACUACUAUGAUCUUGCAGCCAGCUUCGGCCUCAUAGAUGCAGAGAAGGGAGGCAGCCUCAUGGUUGGAGACUUUGAGAUAGCAGCCAAGUAUGUGUGCCGCACCCUGGAGACACGGCCGCCUAGCAGCCCCUUUGCUUGCAUGGACCUCACCUACAUCAGCCUGCUGCUCCAUGAGUUUGGUUUUCCCAAGGACAAAGUACUGAAGCUGACUCGGAAAAUUGACAAUGUCGAGACCAGCUGGGCUCUGGGAGCCAUUUUUCAUUAUAUCGACUCCCUGAAGAGACAGAAGAUUCCUGCCUUGUAGUAACUAAGCCCCAGUCCACACCCUAGCCAGCAUCCCCAGGGUCCCCAGGCUUCCAACUCUGUGGACCCCUCUGGCCUGGACAUGACUCCAUCCUUGAGCCUGCAGCUGGCUGAGACCCUCCUCUGUACCUUCAGUGGCACUCCUAUCGACUUGCUUGGGACCUGGCCCCUGCACUAGCCCUGCUGCACCAUGCUCACUGGGGCAGGGCCAGGGCCAGGGCCAGGGCAGGCAAUGCUGCCUAGCCUGAGGCCAUUUCCUUGCCUUGCCUCUAAGUGGACAGGGAGCAGGCAGGAUCCAGGGCACAUGCUGAUGAAGGGACACAACCCUGUCUCAAUUCCCUCCAUCUGCAGGGUUGUGGCUUUUACAUAUGUGACAUGAGUCUUGUUUUGUCCCCUAGCUCCUGUUGUUCCCUGUGCCUUCCUCAGAGUUGUGGAAGGUUGCACAGGCCACCCUAGCUACAGUACAGCCUCCGGGAUAGUACCUCCUGAGCUUGUCCUUCUUUUCCUCAGGUGGACUUUUAAGGUCACCCAGAGGUCUGCUUUCCCAUCCUUGAGUGGUAUGGGGUAAACUGAUGGGGUGACACUGAGUAGGAAGAAAGUGGGAAGACUCUUCACAGACCCAGUGUUCAACUUUGCAGAGCCAAUGGGUAUAAACAGAGCUAUGAGAAUGUUCAGGGCUGUGUGCCUAAGCACUGCCCUUUGAGUUGAGUGCUUUUGUUGAAACCAUGUGUGAGCUCCUUUUCUGGACAUAACUAUGUCCCAGUGAAUGUAUUACUGCUAUGAGCCUCUUGCAUAGGAGUGGGGCAGGUCAGAACUGGAGCCACACUCCUGUGUCUCAUGAUGGCCCUCCCUGCAAUGGUCACCCACCCUCCCAGGUGUGGUCUGAUUCCCCUGUGGUUCCCUCAGUGAAUGUACAGUCCACAGAAUAAGCUGAGCCACCUAUGCUCUGCUCUGAAUAAAUGUUUACAAGGGUU